AUGUCGGUCGGGAACACUAAAUUUAUAGAUAGCGUAAAUUAUUAUUUGCCGAUGCGAUUAUCUGAUUUGCCCAAAGCUUUCGGACUAAAGGAUACAUUGGAUAAAGGCGUCUUUCCCCAUUUACUUAAUACAAAGGCGAAUCAAAUAUACAUCGGUCCGAUACCCGACCUAUCGGGUAGCGAUGUUUCCUAUGCGACCACUGAAAAACAUAUCGCGUGGGUCGAGAGAAUCGGACGAUAUUAUUCUCCCGAUCAAAUGAAGCCCGAAGAACGGUUUACGAAAUGGUACGAGAAAAUGAUACGGUCAAACUGUAUUUUUAAUUUUCAACUCAAAAUUGUUAAAUAUUGCUGUAACGAUGUAGAUAUUCUCCGUCGCUCGUGCAUGACGUUUAGAAAGAUCUUUCUAGAAUGCGAUAAUGAAGCUAGCGGAUGGUCGAACGAAUACGGGGACAACGAUGUCGAGGUACGAUAUCUGAAGGAAUACGAAAAAACUGAGGGUAUCAUUCUCGACAGAAAUAACAUUGCACGGAAUCCGCUUGGUUUACGCUCGGUCGCUAAGCUUUAUCUAAAUUUAUUUUGGGGAAAAUUCGGCCACCAAUCUGCCAUCAAACCAAUCUGCCUAAUACCGAGAUCUACAAGUAAUCCGAAUGAGUACGAACCGUGUAUGGGUAAUUUUCUGGGCGAUAUGAUGGACGAACUCGAGAGCUACGGUUGCGGAAGUUAUAUCGAGUCGUUCGUUUCGGGUGGCUCAAAAUUUUACGCGUAUAUCGUUCGGACACCAGAGAGACAUGAAUAA